UAACGUCACUAGCUCCCAAAUGUAGGCAUGCUGGUCUGGAGAAAAAGGCUCGCAGCUCUGUUAUCCGUGGUCACAGAGAGCGUGGGGGAGGAAGACACUUGGACCAAGGAGUCUUGCGGGUAGAAGAAACACACCGGCGUUAUCCAAAAGGAAAACUUCUAACCCAAAGACAGCGGUUUUCAAAAAAAUCUUUAGGCUAGUUGGAUUUUUUAUUGGAAAGCGAGCAUAUUGAACGCCGGACGUUUUGCACAACUUGGAAAACCUAUUCGUUGCCCUUUUCUUGGGGCAGCAGGUCACAAAUCUUGCUGCUGGGAUGGCACACAGAUCCUGAAGAGAAGACUUGUGUAACCAGGCCUGAAGGGGACCGUUUGUCUCGGACUCUUCUUCAAGAAUCCACACAAAAGGUGUGUAGUUGGUGAGAAGCCAGCCGGCUGGCCUUGGAGACACUCCUUCACUACGAUGUAGAGGCCAGAAGAGCGAGAACGAGAGAGCGAGAUAAAGACGAAAGAGAGAGAGAGUGUGUGAACAACAGACACUCCGGCUGGAAGAGAAACUGAAAGCGGGUGAGUAAAACAUUGCAGUAGGAAUCGGAAAGAAAGAUAGGGAGACAAACCAGAAAGAAGGAAGAGGAACAACACCAGGGGGAGAUAAGAAAGAGAGAUUGAGAGAGAGAGACUUUAGAUCAUUGACCUCAGACCCUGCCUCCAAACAACCUCUCCCUCCCUCCUUCUCCUCCCUCCUUUCCCUGCACUGGAACUGUUUACCCUCUCUCACACCUCCGUCACAACAGGACCCCAUCCUUCACCCUUUCCCCUCUUCCUGAAGAACCGGAGGACUUGAACCUUCACCUUUGACCCCACCUGUGUAACCACUGGGCGGGAAAAGACAUCACCAGGAACACUUCAGAACCACUUCAAACAUCAUCAUCACCAUGUGCCACGUGAUCGUGACCUGUCGCUCCAUGCUGUGGACUCUACUCAGCAUCGUGGUCGCCUUCGGAGAGCUCAUCGCCUUCAUGAGCACCGAUUGGCUGGUGGGCUUCCCCCGGACACCGGACGCCGUCUUCGGCCCUCAUGGUGCCACAGCGGCUGGCGAGGCCUACCGGCCCACCCUGGGCAUCUACGGCCGCUGCAUCAAGCUGCCCCACUUGCGGCGCGGUGUGCUGUGUGGGCCGUACGCCGUGCACUUUGGGGAGAUCGCCAGCGGGUUCUGGCAGGCGGCGGCCAUCUUCCUGGCGGCGGGCAUCCUGCUGCUGUGUGCCGUGGCCUUCAUCUCUGUCUUCACCAUGUGCUUCCAGAGCAUCAUGAAGAAGAGCAUCUUCAACGUGUGUGGACUGCUGCAGGCCAUCGCAGGUCUGUUUCUGAUCCUGGGUCUGAUGCUGUACCCUGCAGGCUGGGGUUCAGACAAGGUGCAGCUGUACUGUGGUCAGGAUGCGGCUCCCUACCAGGCAGGGCUGUGUACCAUGGGCUGGGCCUUCUACACAGCCAUGGGAGGCACCGUGCUCACCUUCAUCUGCGCUGUGUUCUCAGCCCAGGCCGAGAUCGCCACGUCCUCAGACAAGGUGCAGGAGGAGAUCGAGGAAGGCAAGAGCCUAAUCUGCCUGCUCUGAGAUGGACCAGGAGGGGAGAAGGAGAGGAAUGUCAAGUCCCACGCCCCUCUUCUCCACUCUGGGUUCCAGCUGUCAAUCAAACGGAAGCCCCCAUGUUGUUUACCACUAAGACGGACUCUUUGACCUUUGACCCUGUAUUGUUGUUAUUGUUCAUGUGGGAGAAAUCUACAGUGCCAAGCUUUUCACAAACCUGUGUUUCAAUGUAUUUCCUCUCUCCGACACCAGAGGUGCUGUCUGUCUGUGUUCUGUAUGUUGUUAUUUCUAAUGUGUGCCAGUACCAGCUACCCUGACACCAGUAUGUGUGUAUUGUAAAUAAGUGUGUAUAUACUGUACAUAGUGAUGAUGAUGAUGAUGAUGAUGAUGAUGAUGAUGAUCUGAGAAUGGUGGUCCUCAGCUCUGUUCAGGCUGUGUUUUAAAUGAGUGUCACUCUUGCUUUGAAUACUGGUGUGAUGAGGACAACACCUAAAGACCAGCCUUCCUGGUGCUAAUCUUCUGUUGUACCAUAAAACGCCAGGUAGAAGUUGCCCCUAACUACAGAUCUAGUAUCACAUUACCCAACCCCAAAUCAUAACCUGAACCACGAGAAGGAUAAAAUAGCAUCGUAUACCAGACCCGCAGUUAGAGGUAACUUCUACCAGCUCCAGCUUAAACCAGGUGUGAGUAACUCUACAAGGGAACCACUACUCAGUCAAGUAAACUACUCACAGACAUGGCCUUAGUUUAGCAUGGAAUCAUGAUGUCCGUAAAGCUUACAGAAUGUACUGUCAAUUGAAAUGACCAAUGUAUGUCUUCUUGGACCCUUGAAAUGUAUUGAUGGGACGGACACCUACACAGGCCACGGUUACACACGGACUGCAUGAUCUAGCUAAGAAAGACUUGGACAAUUUGGUCAACGAUACACACAAGUAUUCCUAUUAGUGUCUUCCUUUUAGUGUCUUGUUUAAGGAAGGACUCCUAUUCCUGCAACACCAAGGCAGGUCAGUUAUUCCUACAACACCAGCCACAGUGCUGGAGAGAAACUGUUGAGACUUGUGUUGUUGCGUCAUCAUCUGACUAUCACAGCUCCCCAGUCUGUCUCUCUGCCAAACCAAUAAAAACAGAAAGAAAAACACAAGAA